AUGGGCUCAGAGCUGGGCUGUGUCCUUGCCCCUGCUCUGACAUCACAGUGCCACGGGUAUGAUCUCAUACUCUGUCGCCAGGGAGACACCGGAGGAGCAGCUGAGCCGGGCAGGGUAGGUGGCGGUCUUCUCGUCCCCAUGCUCAGCUGUACUACGUCCUCUGUCUCUAUAGCCACUGGGCAGCCUGCCCCCCAGAGAUCCAGCCCUCCCUCCACCAUGGGGCGCCUCCCCCUGGGCGGUGUCUCGCCCUAUGUGAGGACCAGCGCUGGUGGGAGCGUGGACCCUCUGAAGUUCUACGCCACCAGCUACGGCACGGCUUACGGGCAGGAGCGAUUCCAUCCUCGCAUCGGCCACCACUCCGGAGCCGGGUACAAAUCCAAUUACCGGCCUGUCGUCUCUUACAAGGCCAGCCUGGAUCAAGUGGAUAAUCCAGCCAUGGGACAGCUCCUUCAAGAUAACUAUGACACAGUGACCACCAAGCACUUCCGGUCCCUCCAGCUUCCCGAUGGCAAGUACCCCCUGCCCUGGAGUGUCUACCAGCCGGGGAGCGGGUUUGUUCGAGACAAGCCCAUUUCCUUCCCCACCACCAAAGCCGUUAAGAAAGUCCACUUCAAUACGCGGGACCAGGGGCCACGAGCCAUCACAGGGCUGGAGCCCAGACAACUCCCUGUCCUGCACAAGCCACAGGGGAAAGGCUCUGUUGAGGGGGAGAACGCCAGACACGGCCCUCUCUACAUGUCCACAGAGUAUAACUCCAAGUUCUGCUUCGACAGUCCCAGCCAGCCAGAUUUCUUACAGAGGAAGACGAUAGGAGCCAAGGAGGAGACGGGAUUCACUGAGGGCACCCAGCGGAACCCCAUUGCAAUCCUGCCACCUCCUCUGGGAGAGCCAAGGAGCCAGCCUGGCAUCAGCAUCACCAAGACGGACUUCCUGCCCAGCGCUCUCCCCCAUGGCGAUGAGUUCCUGCCUGUGCUGUCGAAGGGCUCCGAGCGAGAGACGGGAUUCAGCCGGGACAAAGACAACGGCCUCAGUGCCAUGGGCCCGCUGCAUGCAGCACCCCAGCCUGGGGCCGAGGGAUCAGGGCCCCUGAGCCACGCUCAGUUCCGAGGGCUCCAGAGGCCCCUGCAGACCCAGACCAACCUGCUGGGCCGGGAGUACGUGGGGAACAAGGAACUCUCCGGAUUCAGCAUCAACAACAAGAAGUAUGUGACACCUCCUUAUGACCCGGACUUGCCCAACAAGUACCUGAGCAGCUACAACUCCAAGUUUUAUGACAACACCCUCAAGGGGGUGGACCGUGAAGGAUGGACCCACGGAGGAAUCCAGCCUCAACAGCCAGGCGGCUUCGCCACCAACAACCACGUCACUGAACUGGGCAGCGACCCCAAUGCCAUGGAGACCCUGAGACGGGUCCACCCCCAUGUCGGCAGGACGAUUACAACGGUGGACCCGUUCUAUCGCGACACCCCUCACGACAGCCGCUUCUCUGCUCUCUACCAAACCGCCGUACCUGAGUAG